AUGGGACGAAAGGUUCCAACCCAAGUUCAUCACGCUGCGACGCGUCUGAUACAAGGAAAACUACUCUCGCAACCUCCUUUGUGGUAUAAUGCUGUCGCACAGUUCCCCCCAUUGCCCCUCCCUCCGCGACAGGCUGUCAAGCGGUCUGCAUUCGACCUCCCAACAGGAGCUCAAGCAAAGGCAGAAUGGGCCAACUCUAAAGAUGCAGCAGAAACAUCCUCGACAGGGGUCGAACGAUUACGCCGGGAAGCAAAGCCCAAGACCAUGCCAAUAGUUUAUUUAGAAGAUAAAGUACGAAGAAGAUUUUUCCUCGACCAUCCAUUCGAGGCGUUCCGACCGCGGUCGCUUGUUGAGCAAAGACAGCUCGCCCUAGAACACCCUGUUCAAGGGAAGGAAUGGACAAGAUUACGACAAAGAGGUCGUAAUCCCAACUCUGAAGACUGUAUCAACUUUGCUGUUUCCCUGCACCUCCAUCACAAUCUGCCACUCUCUCAAGCGUAUAGGACAGCAUGCCAACAGUACGCCGCUCUGCGGUCCGAGCAUACAGUCGCGUCGCACAUUGCAUACCUCGAAGCCAAGGCGUAUGGAGCCGUCUUCUCCCCGUCUUCAUCCGAAAUUCGCAGAGGAUUCGAACUCGAGGAGCAAUCACUGAAGAGGUGGAACAACGAGACCGAUCAAAGCGCGGAUGCUCAGCUGCUGGCGAGCAAACGAUGGAAGCCCGUAGUUGAAAAGCGUGUGGAAGAUGUCGGCGUGUGUUCAGACCAGAUCAACCCAAGUGGUGCUUCACAUUUGGCCAUCGUCAUGACAGAAGUUUCGAGCAAUAAGGCUUUUGGGGGCUAUAUCACGAAAUACAAGGCUACCUCCGAGUCGUUGGGUGGGCUCACGACGCAAUUCAACGUCUUUGUUCCAGCCCACACGGAGGGACAAAAGUUCCCAGUGCUGUAUUAUCUGGCAGGAUUAACAUGUAACGAGGACACCGGGCCUUGGAAAGGCAACUUUCUGAGCAUCGCGGCUGCAGAAGGGAUCGCGAUGAUCUUCCCGGAUACCUCGCCUCGCGGAGCAGAAAUCGUCGGUGAAGAGGAUAGCUGGGACAUUGGAACCGGCGCUGGCUUUUACCUCGAUGCCACCGCAGACAAAUGGGCGAAGCACUACCGAAUGUUUAGCUUUGUCACGAAAGAGCUCCCGAAGUUGGUCAACGACCUCCAACUUCCACUUGACAUGAACCGGCAGUCGAUCAUGGGCCACUCAAUGGGAGGCCAUGGUGCCCUUACUCUCUUCCUUGCGACAUUACAAUAUCGCUCUGCAUCAGCUUUCGCCCCUGUGUGCAACCCGACCAAGUCUCCGUGGGGUAUAAAGGCCUUUUCAAAUUAUCUCAAGGGUGGCGUCGAGGAAGGCGAAAAGUACGAUGCCUCUCGUCUGCUUGAAAAGGCCAAGGGAAGAAGUAACGUUGCGCUCCUAAUCGACUAUGGAGCUCAAGACCAGUUUCUCAAGGAUGGUCAACUCCUUCCUGAAGCGUUGUCUCAAGCAGCACAGAAUGCUGGUUUCAAUGAGAACCAAGUGAACAUUCGUAAACAAGAGGGAUAUGAUCAUAGCUAUUACUUUAUUUCGACGUUUGCAUCCGAUCAUAUCAAGUAUCAUGCAUCGCAUCUUCGAGCGUAA